ACCGCAGCUGCAGUCGGGUUCAUUGUGGGAUCAAUACGGGGAGAUCCGUGGUAGUGGCAAGCCAAGUGCGAUUGGCCCUGACGAUCGGGCACAGCGAUUGGCCGGUGCCGGCACUGCCAGGAGGCGGAUCCUGCUACAGACCUGUCGUCAGGGUGGCGGAAAAGGGGAAGAGGAUACGCGUCGCCGUUUGUAAACAGAGACGGGAACGGCUUAGAAAAAGACAGCGACAGGCACUAGGGAGAGAGGGUGACACACGGUGUCGUGUCUGGGGGUUCAGUCUGUGUUCACCCAUGAGAGACACACCACCAGCGGCGACACGCUCCGCUCACGUCGCGAGGGUGGCUCGUUUUGUCCGCCAACUGGUCAUCCUCGAUCACGAGGACCGCCUGUCUUACGUAUUGUAUGCAUCGCGAUUGGAUGGUUCCCGUUGGAGAAGACUCUUCCAAGAAUAGAUUGUCUAAACAAUCAGUGGGACGCAAACGAUGACAUGAGUCAUGUGUGUCAUCUUGAACAGCUGGUGGGUUCGGGAGAUGAGGUGUUGAGGACGGUGACAGCGGCUCUUCUCAUUAGCUAAGUGAAGUGUCGAUUUCAAGUGUUCAUAAGUAGCUAGAAGAGGAUUAAGUAGAGAAUUCCACUUUGUGAAUAAUCUGCAAGCUGUGAACAAUUUGAUAUUCUUGAAUUUCAAGUCGUGAAAUUAAUUGUGUACCUCGUCGUAGGUGAUUAUACAAAACGAUAGUGCAGUGUUGAAGUCAGUGAUAAUUGAUCUUUAUCGAGAAGCCCUAAAAACGAAGAUCUUCGAGAAGAGAACUUUCGGAAAGAAACGCCUGAUAAACAAAAAUAAACAAAGGUGCCUUCUUCCGUAGGAAGGAAAGCCCUACAUGAUUCCGUUUAUCUUACCGGCCGUGAGGUCCUUUAAAGGAGUAAGUUAAAGAUAUGACGUUAUUCGAUACACUCAGCUGAUGACGACAACCUGAAUCCUUUUGGAUUCACGCAACGUGCUCACCCUGAAAGGAGAAACGAGGAAGAGGAGCGAUCGGUCGAUACAUUUCUUGCGUCGUGUAUCGUGAGCUAUCUGGAAGAAUUUAUCUGCACGUACGUUAGCAAUUCGUCGUGCUUCAGUGGCCUCGAGAAAUAUUGGAACUGUUUUUAUCUGAUUAGAAGUGACUGAAAUUACAUCUAAGUAAGAUUAAGGAGAAUAUCUUGUGAUCAAUUAGCAAACAUCUAAUUUCCCAUAAUUACGUCUCUCGUUUCCCUUGCGAACACGCACGAGUCAUUGUUUGUGUGAACCGACGGAUCGGGCGUUUCUCGACAUACAACAUCGUUCCUGUAUAUAGAUUCGACGGCUGAGGAAUUCUGGAAUCUCGAAUAAUUUUGUAUAUUUAAAUCGACGUUGCAUAAUUCAAAGCAACGCAGGAGAAAUCAGAAACUCUAUCUCGCAACGAUAGAACACGUCGUUCGACUCUCCUCGUGAUAACGCGGUGUAUCGUGAAUCGACCGCUUCUACCGUAUCUAGAAAUUAUAAAUAACCUGGGAAAUUUAGACCAAUUAUACCGCGGCUACUGAAGUCAUCGAAGAAAGCCUCAUCGAAAAGAGACUCAACAAUAAUAAUACAUCGAAGCAAUCUGCAAUGUGCACGAAACAUCGUCCUUAGUGCCGAGCCGACGACGAAUCCAGUGAAUCCCGAAUAGUCUCGAAUGUUUGAGCCGACCGCGGCGCGCCAUUGACGGAGGUGAAUAAGCCAAAGGGUGGUGUUCGAAAGGGUGGUGCGACGUUCGGGUACGCAAGUCUGCAGGCCAGCUCUGGGGUGCCGGGCCCGGGCGGGGUGAUGAGCUGCUCCGAUGUGAUGUAUCAAUAUUAUCCUUACCUCUACCAGACCCACCGGCCACCGCCGCCGCACCCGACUCACCCUCAUGCGGCCCCGCACAGCCACCCCCACGCCAAUCCGCACGCGGCCCACCACAGUCCAGCCAGGCCGGCGCCCUUCCAACCCUUCCCGGCAGCCACGACGACGCAUCAGUAUGAUAGGCUGAACGUUCACCAAAGGUCCCUGGAAACCGCCGGUAUCGAGCUUUGCGGCGCCGGCGGAAGCGUCCCCCAAGGUCAACCGAGUAGCGCGGGCUCCGUGGGGUCAGCACCGAGUCCCGCAUCCCCAAGGCCAACGCCGCAACCACGGCCACCCCUCGCCACCACCACCACCUCGCAACCCUCGCGAACGUUGGACGACGACAGAUCGACAGACGGAGUAGGCGCCGGUACCGCCACCGAGGACUCCGACGACGGCGAGAGCAGGGCGCAAUACGUCAACGCGAACUGCGUCGUGUUUACGCAUUAUCGGGGCGACGCGGCGUCAGAGGUCGAGGAACACUUUCAGCGGGCCCUUGCGCACGACAAGUUAAAGGAAAAUAUCUCCCCCAUGUCCAUGAGGAACUUUCCCCCUUCCUUUUGGAAUAGUCAGCAUCCCGGUGAUGUCUACGAGUACCCGACGGAUCCGUGGCAUCCGCAUUACCCACAGUAUCACCACAGGGCGGUGCACGAGUACCACCACCAUAAUAUGGCGGCGGCGGCGAGCUACGGGGGUCUUCUUCUGGGUGGUGCACGCGGCCUCGGACAUCACACGUCUCACCACGCGGCGCAUCACGCGCACGCCGCGGCGACCUACAAGGAGUGGACGUCGGCGACGCCGUCGCAGUCCCUCGUCGAUGCAUCCUCGGCGCCGCCUUAUCCUCACGGCCACUACGCACCCCUCUCCGGUAAGACUCGAGUCCCAGGUGCAGGACUCCAAGGACCUCUACUGGUUCUAGGAUCGAAUGUUGGAGAUCAGCAGGAGGAGUACGGCUUUCUUAAAUUCGGACGACGACUGAACGAUGUUCGUAUGUCGAUUAGUGAAAACGCUCGUUAACGCGAUCAAGUCGUUGAGAACAAGAGAGAGAGAGAGAGAGAGAGAGAGAGCGAGAAAGAGAGAGGGGAAUUUUGUUGAGCAAACACGACGGCGUCUCGUCGUCGAGCGCCCGUCGUUGUCGUGUACAUAGUGUUACCUACGUCUCUUAAGGGUCUACUAUUAGCGUAAACUCAGAUAGUAUUAGACGAAUACUUGCGCGCACUAUUACCUUCAUAGUGACUGCUAUCCGACGUUAAGAGGAUUCAGCCGUGAGCACGCGGCCGAGAAUCGUCUUCGGCUGGUACAAUAGCGUAGUGCGAUUUAGACCGUCUCGGAAGGCACCCCUGAGUUUCCCAAAUAAUCGGUAAGUGUUCUCGGUUUCCUCGCGAAGCGCGCGUGUGAUCUUAGAUCAACGAAUCGAUCGAUGUGACGAAUUGAGAUCGGUGAACGAACGACCAAAACGAUCAAUCCUCCAACCAGAGGUUUCGAGGAGUUGAGGUUCGGCAAAAUGGGAAUCGAGACACCAUGCGGAGAAUUAUUUGGCAAAUUUAGCUGCCGACUUAAGUAAAGUAUUUAUUGACCAAUGAUCUUGCCAUAUAUAUAUAAAUAUUAUAUAUAUAUAAUUAUUAUUAUUAUUAUAUAUUAAUUAUUAUUAAUGUAUCAUAAACAAUGGGCGCCGCAAAUAUUCUGAAGUCCCCCCGGUUAGUAAAAUUAAAAUAGUUAUUACCCGAC